AUGGCGGAGUGCAAGGACAGCGGCCGGUCUCCGUCGUCGUCCAUGGACAGCAGCACCCACCCGGUGCUCUCCACCACGUCAUCGGGCUGCCGGCCGGCGGCGAGGAGGGACGACCUCAGCACCGACCUUCAGCUAGGGCUCAGCCUGUCGCCGGCGUCCUCCCUCCUGGUGUACAUGGAAGGCGUUCCAAUCGGUCGGAAGGUGGACUUGCUCUUGCUGGAUGGGUACGACAACCUCCUUGCAAAACUUCGCCACAUGUUCAAGGCCUCCAUCACUUAUUCUGAUGUUAUGGAGUACCAUCAACGACUUCCUCACGAGAAGGCUGCACAUGUUCUCACCUAUGAAGACCAGGAUGGAGACUGGAUGAUGGUUGGGGAUGUGCCGUGGGAGCUCUUCCUGGGAAGUGUAAAGAAACUGAGGAUUGCAAGAACAGAUAAAUGCUAG